GUUGUUUUGUCUUUAUCAGUAAAGUAAUAAUUUACACCUCCUAGCGGCAGUAUAAUGUAACACAGAUGAAAGUAGAAUUAUCGACUGAGUUAGUAGUUGCGUUCAAACGUAUCUUAAAUGUGGUGCCCGAUCUACCAUUCCGGUAGUCAGUGAUUAAACUAUUUACGUCGGGCUUCCUGCUCUCUCUCACUCUCGAGCUGUUUAGGAUGCACGUUAUUUCACGGUUGUUCAUUGUUACGAGUAAUUACGAUAAUUUAUUUCAUUUGUGACGCACAUUGUUCAUACUAGCCGUGUUACAGUUGUGUAAAAUAUAAAUGUGACGCUUGUGGUGGCCAGUAACGAAUUAUGAAUGUUAUUAUAAUAUUUUACGUGCAAACAAUUUUCGAAUAAAACGUUGUUACUUUUAUUACAAAAAUUAAUUUAAUUUAUGAGAUAAUUUGGAUGACAACGAAUUACUGAUUUAUCGUAAUAAAGACAGUGUCAUACAGUUUGCUGUCAAAGCUAUACAUCCCGCCGAGCUUUGUAUGAACUAGUCAGUACUAUAUAUAGAUCAAACAAAUGUUUUACGAACAUGUGUUAGCCGACAAAUAUAAAAUUGAUAAUCAAAUUCUUCUAACAUUAAAUUACUCAGCACCAUAGGACGUAUUGUUAAAUAUGUUUGGCAUACUACAAUGGUUCGACCAUGGUUAGGAUGUUUAUUUAGCGUUCUAAUAACAUUAGUAUUUUUCUACUUAUAUUUGUUUCUUAAUGUUCCUUCUAUGGAGACGGGCACUCCAGAAAAGCCAGAAAAUAUUCCAUCAAUUACGAUUGAUGUUUUAAAGAAUAAUUUACAAAAAUUAUCCGCGAACAAGCAAUUAUCAAAUAAUCGGUCAGAGGUCAAGUGUGAGCUAGUACAAAUUGCCAUGGUAUGUGCCGGAUAUAAUUCAACCUUUUCAUUGGUAACAGUAGUAAAGUCGAUUUUAUAUCAUCGUACGAAACCACUGCACUUCCACUUGAUCGUAGACGAAAUAGCAAAAAGAACUCUGAUAACAUUAUUUAAAACAUGGGACUUACCGAGUGUCCAAGUAUCAUAUUAUCGUGCCGAAAAAUGGGUGCCGAAGGUAUCAUGGAUACCGAACAGACAUUAUUCCGGAGUUUACGGCCUAUUAAAAUUAAUAUUACCUGAGGCUAUGGGUGAAAGGAAGAUACUCGUUCUAGAUACUGACGUGACCAUUUUAAACGAUGUUACUAUCCUUUGGAAAAUGUUCGAGAAAUUUAAUCCUAAUCAAACGUUAGGCUUAGUAGAAAAUCAAAGUCGGUGGUAUCUAAAGUCCUUUUUGUAUGGUCAACAACCUUGGCCAGCGUUAGGUAAAGGCUUCAAUACUGGCGUCAUGCUGAUGCACUUACACCGAUUGCGCGUUAGUAAGUUUAGAGACUUGUGGGUGACCACCACGAAGAGGGUCUUGGGUUCUAUACAGGAGACCACUUUGGCUGAUCAAGAUAUAAUAAAUGCUGUUAUUAAAGAACAUCCGGAUAUUGUAGCUAGGAUAGAUUGUACCUGGAAUGUUCAACUAAGUGAUCAUGCUACUAGUGAAUCUUGCUAUCAAAAAGGAAAUCGUUUGAAUAUAAUUCAUUGGAAUUCACCUCGGAAACAGGAUGUAAAUAACAAGUACGCAGAUGAAUUCCUUAAAUGGCAUAGAAUGUUUUUAGAGAUGGAUGGGAAUCUUUUACGAAAACGUUUAUUCGGUUGUGAUAAUCGUAAAAAUGUUUUAAUAUAUGAUGAAUCAGAUUCUUGUCGAGAAUUUACCAAAGGUGCUAGGAUGAUGUACAGAACACAUUAUUUUAUUCUUGAAUAUGAAUAUAAUAUAUUUAUGCCUACCGAUGUUGUAUUAGCCACUCAAUGCAGUAUAGAACGAGUGCCUCUUUUAGAAGAACUUUCGAAACAUUGGCCGGGAACUAUAAGUGUAGCACUUUAUCUUACCGAUGCCGAAGUUCAAAAUUUUUUGGGAUAUAUACGAGGAUCAUCGGAAUUGCGAAAAAGGAAAAAUAUUGCUUAUCACGUUGUCUAUAAAGAAGGGGAACUUUAUCCAAUUAAUUAUUUAAGAAACAUAGCUAUGUCAUAUGUAUCAACGCCUUAUAUAUUCCAACUUGAUGUUGAUUUCUUACCACAAUACGGCCUAUAUGAAAAUAUUAUGAAGCAUAUCAAGGAAUUGACCAUACAAAAACGAAUACAUAAUGUAGCCUUAAUCGUACCGGCUUUUGAAACGGAACGAUAUAGGUUUAAGUUUCCUGUUGAUAAAGAAGAGCUUCUAAAAUUUCUUAGACGUGGUAUUCUUUAUACAUUUCGUUAUCACGUUUGGACUCAAGGUCAUGCAGCAACGAAUUAUAGUUUAUGGAAAAAUGCAACUGAACCUUAUGAAGUUUCUUGGGAGCCUGAUUUUGAGCCUUACAUUAUAGUCCCCAAAAUUGCACCGAAGUACGAUACGCGAUUUAUUGGAUUUGGAUGGAACAAAGUUUCUUACAUCACUCAUCUUACAGCACUCGAUUAUAAGUUUAUUGUUCUUCCGGACUGUUUCAUCAUUCAUCGACCACAUGCUCCAAGUCUAGACAUUGGAAAAUUUAGAACUGAUUCAAUUUAUAGAAGGUGUUUAAAAAAAUUAAAAGACAAUUUUGUCGACGAACUAAUAAGGAAAUAUGGCACUAAUGCGCUCUCGAAACUCAAUCGAAUUAUAACCAAAGAUGAAAAAAUCGUGGGACCUGCUAAUAAAUCUCAUUGAUACGUGUUACAUGUAAAUGUUUUUUUUUUCAAACGACGUGCGUAGAACGCGAGAAAUAUUUUUCUUAUUCGAGUAAAU